AUGAAAAUAAUAUUAACAUUAUUAAUAAUAUUAUUUUCAUUAAAUAAAAAUUUAAAUUUUGUUAGUUCAGAAGUAACAAAAAGUCGUAUUUGUUCAAUUUUUGAUCAAUUACCAAAAUUAAAUAGUGAUUUUGAACCAGAUUAUGGUGAUAUUUCAGUUGGAAUGAUAAAAAAUGUAUUGGAAGGUGAUAGUCCAACAUUAGCAUCAAAUGAUCCAAAUUUUAAACCAUUUGUAAAUGGUAAAUUAAAAAAUUUAAAUUUAUUUCCAACAUGGUUUAAUAAAAACCAUACACAAAAUGUAAUGUUAUUAAAGAAAUUAAAUUUAACAUUGGAUAAAUCAUCAAAUAUUUAUUCAUUUGUAAAGGAUGAUUUCUUUCCAAUUGAUUAUCAAGGUUGGGAUGUUGAUGAGAGUAAUAGAAUCUAUUAUGGUGGUAGAAUUUUUACAGCCUAUCAUAACUUUCAUUAUUGUUUAAAGAUUAAUUCAGUAUUCUUUUAUCAAGGUACUGAAACUUUUAAAUUUGAAGGUGAUGAUGAUGUUUGGGUAUUUAUUGAUAAGAAGUUGGUCUUGGAUUUAGGUGGUUUACAUCCUGCUAGAAGAGGUACUGUUGAUUUGACAAAGUUGGGUUUACAAGUUAACAAAACCUAUUCCUUUGAUUUCUUUUAUUGUGAAAGACAUACACCCUAUAGUAAAAUGAAAAUUCAAACUGAUAUUCAAGCAUUUUGUGCAUGGUCUGAUUAUUGUGGUGUUUGUCAAGGUGAUGGUUCAACAUGUUGUAAUAAAGACCUUGAUUGUGAUGACGAUGAUCCAUGCACCAUUGAUAGUUGUCCAUUACCAAAUUUACCAAUUCCAGGUGGUGAUAAAAUUUCAAAAUAUUGUAGACAUACCAAUAUCACUUGUACACAACCAUCAAAUAAUAAAUGUGUAAUCACUGGUUGUUCAAAAGAUACCAAUGGUAAAUGUGAAGUAAUUGGUAAUUUAGAAUGUGCCGAUAAAUCUAAAUAUUGUAUGACGCUAACUGGUUGUGAUCCAAAACUUGGUUGUCAAUAUAAAUCAAAUUGUAUUGGUCCAUGUUUAACUGGUGAAUGUAAUAAUGGUAAAUGUACCAGCAUGGAUGCUGAUUAUUGUUCCAAUGAAUUGGGUGAAGAUCCAUGUAAAAUUUAUAGUUGUAAUGCAAAGAAUGGUGGUUGUAUGGCAACUCCAAAAUGUACUUCCCCUUCCUCCUCCAAUCCAUGUGUUAUUCCAACUUGCUCCGCUGAUAAAGGUGUUUGUGGUACAUACACUCAAAAUAGUACAGAAUGUAAUUGUAAUUGUAAAUUAAACCCAUGUCAAAAGAAUAACUGUGAUCAAAGUGUAAAUCCACCAGUUUGCUCCCCACUACCAAUUGAUACCAUUGAUGAUGGUAAUCCAUGUACAAUCGAUAUUUGUGAUAAAAUAACUGGUAGUGUUAAACAUACUCCAAUGGAAUGUUCUGGUUGUACCAAAUGUAAUAAUGGAAAAUGUAUUCCAAUUGAAUCCAAUUGUGAUGAUGGUAAUUUAUGUACCAUUGAUCAAUGUAUGAACAAUGGUAGUUGUAUUCACACACCUCUAUCAUGUAAUAUCACCAAUCCAUGUAUGGAUUAUACUUGUAAUGCUGAUAUUGGCUGUGUUGGUGUACCAAAAAUUUGUCCAAACAAAGGUAAUUGUCUAAUUGGUUAUUGUGAUGCUGGUGAAUGUAAAUUAAAAGAUCGUAUUUGUGACUCACCUUCAUUUUGUCAAAUUUCUCAAUGUUCCGAUGUGACUGGUUGUAUUGUUUUCGAUAAAGUUUGUAUACCUUCAAAUCCAAAAUGUGAAACUGGUGUUUGUAUAAAUGCUACUUCAACUGAACCAGGAAGAUGUGAAUCGGUUGAUUUUGAUCCAAAACCUUUUGUUUGUAAACCCGCUGCAAUCAUAUCAACCUCUGUUAUUGUUGGUGUUUCAGUCGCUGCUGCUGUAGUUGCCAUUGCUAUUGUAGUUGCUUCUAAAAAAGGUUAUGAUGCAUGGGCUGCUUCAAAUAAUAAUUCUCUUGCAUCUUUAACUUCAAAUCCUUUAUAUGAAAAUCCAACUGGAAAUGGUGAUAAUCCAAUGUAUCAACCAAAUUCUUAA